AUUAUUAGUACUCCAUAUGAAAGACGUGGUCAUCGUCGUUCACCCAUCCCAUUAGUGUACUUGUCAUAAGUCUAUUAUGAAGCCUUCUCUGUCUAAUGUUCCUCCUAUUUGGAAAAAUAAUUGUAAAGGUCGUGAUAGUCCAAGAUCUUCUUUUCCAUGUAGAAAGCAUAUGGACAAUCAUUUUUCGGUGUCAUUGGCUCCAAUUCCUCCCGUUAAGUCCCUUCUAGGUCCUCCCCCGUCUGAUAUUCCUCCAAUUUUGAAAAAUAAGGGUAAAAAUUUUGAUAAUCAUCAUUUGGCUUCAUUGGCUCCACCUCCUCCCGUUAAGUCCCUUCUAGGACCUCCCCCUUCUAAUGGUUCUCCAAUUUUGAAAAAUCAGGGUAGAAUUUCUGAAACUCCAAAGUCUUCUUCUCACUUGUUGUGCGUCAACUGUAAAGACUUUGGUCACAUUUCUUCUAAAUGUCCUAAUCGAACCCUAGUCAUGAAAGAACGAAAGAAUGUAAUAGAGGAGCCGUUAGAAGAUCUAGUCUAUGAACCUAAACUUGAAGAUUUUGAUGACUUGGAUAAUAGUGAGGACACUUCUUUAGGUGGACUCCAGACUCUUCCCGAGACUUUAGAUACUAUACCCCUUGUUUCUGACAACUCUCGGUCACAUGUUAUAUGUCAUACCCUUACCCAAGUUAAAGAGCUUGAUGAUGUCACCAGUCACCCUUGGAAAAUCCAGUCACUUGUGGUUAACACUAAGGCAAAAUUAUCCACCACUGACCAACCUCAAAUUGAUGGUCAAAACAAAAGUGCUAACCAAAAUCCUGACAAUUUAUUACAGUCUCUAGUCCAGAAAAAUCUUAGGAAUUUGGACUUGAUCCCUCCAAUUGUUCAAAUUGCAUAUAACGAUCCAGUGAACUGGUGUUUAGGUCUAAAACCCUUUGAAAUUAUUCUUGGUUGUGAACCUUUGAAACCUCUAGACCUUAUUCUCAUGCACCCACAUGCUUGUGUGUCUAUGUCAGUUGAGGUAGUUGUAUCACAUUUUCAUAGCUUGCAUAUUAAGAUCAAUAAACAAUUUGAAGCAAGUAAAGCAUUAUAUAAACCUCAAGUUGUUUGACAUAAACAAUACUUU